AUUUUACCCCGAUACUUCCCCCAAGUGCCGUACCCGUAUCGCGAUACGUAUCCGAUACCGAUACGCGCCGAUACGUCGCCGAUACGGUAUCGGGGAAGUAUCGGAAAAUACAGCCCAAAAAAUAAAUAAAAAUAAUCCCGAUACUCCUUCGAUACUUCCCGAUACUCCUCCGAUACUUCGCAGCCCAUAACCCCUCAAAUUAAAGCCCACCAUCUCAAGAGCCCAGUUUUUCAACCCAUUUACCCAUCUCAAUGCAACCCUAAAACAUAAUAGCACUGAUUGGAAUGAGCCGCCGGCCAUCACAUGCUCUGUGCCUCCAUCUCUUUGUCCGUCGCCUGCUCCAUCCCGCCGGUCGAGGCCACCGUUGCGUCGCGCCGUCGCCAGCUCCUUCCCACCGGCCGAGGCCACCGUUGCAUCGCGCCAUCGCCAGCUGCUUCCCGCCAGCCGAGGCCACCGUUGCGUCUCCAACUCCUUCUCGCCGGCCGAGGCCACCACUAGCGCUGAGCAGCGUGCUCCAUCCAUUCAGCUAGCAGUUGUUCCUUUGCUUGAGGUACGAGUUGGCAACUUGCCAUCUCCUUUCACCUCCUUCCUUUGCCUGGUUGUUGUCUGUAACCUCCACCCUCCAGAUCUGAGGUUUUUUCAUUUCUCUUCUGUGUUUUGAUGUUCAGAGAUGGCAAGUGGUAGUGCUAGUUCUUCGCUGCAAGGUAGUAGUCUCAAUGAAUCAAGUUAUGGUGCCGGAUCAGGUGCUCAAAGCGAUGAGAAUCAACUCUACGAUCUUAAGUAUCCUCUUUGGAGGCAUGUUAGAAAACUUGAGUCUAAUGGUCCUUCAGGAGGAAAUGCCAAAUCAGAGUGCUACUUUUGCCACAAAAUAAUACCUGGUAGCUAUACUAGAGUGAGAGCACAUUUGUUGAAGAUAACAGGCCAAGGUGUUAGUAUUUGCAGAAAAGUGACAGUGCCUAUACUUGAGCAACUUCGCAGGGAAGUAGCUGCAGCCGAAGCAACCAUUAGUACUAGUCAACCCAGGAGUGUUCCUUUGUCAAUGCAGACUCUGGGUGCAGGUUUACCCCCUUCUGAAGCCACAACUAGCACACAAUCAAAGAGAAGAAAGAAACAAACUGGGGUAGAAGAAAGUUUUCACAAUGAACUUCGCCAGAUGGCUGAUGCUCUUAUUGCAAGAAUGUUCUACACAUCAGGUCUUCCAUUCAAUUUGGCAAGAAACCCAAAUUAUCUAGCUGCUUUCACUUUUCUUGCAAACAAUGAUUUGGGGGGGUAUGUACCUCCUGGGUACAACAAGUUGAGGACGACUCUUCUCCAACUGGAGAAGGACAAUGUUGAGAGGCUGCUGGAACCAAUCAAGAGUACAUGGCCGACAAAAGGGGUGACAAUUGCAUCUGAUGGGUGGAGUGAUGCUCAAAGAAGACCCCUCAUCAACUUUAUAGCCAUAGCUGGGAGUGGCCCUAUGUUCUUAAGAGCUAUUAACACAUCAGGAGAUGUGAAGAACAAGGAGUACAUUGCUGAGAAAUUGAUUGCUGUGAUAGAAGAAGUUGGAGCAAAAAAUGUGGUCCAAGUGAUCACAGAUAAUGCUUCAAAUUGCAAAGCUGCUGGGUUGAUAGUGGAACAAAGGUACAACAACAUUUUCUGGACUCCAUGUGUAGUCCACACUCUGAAUUUGGCAUUGAAAAACAUUUGUGCUGCAAAGAACAAUGAUGGUGAGAACGAUGAACUCAUGUGGAUCAAAGAUGUCGCAGGGGAUGCCUUCAUGAUUAAAAUUUUUAUCAUGAAUCACAGCAUGCGGCUAUCAAUGUUCAAUGAGUAUAGUAAGCUCAAGUUUCUUGCAAUUGCUGACACAAGAUUUGCAUCACAGAUUGUCAUGUUGAAGAGGUUCCUUGUUCUCAGAGAUUCACUUGUGUUAAUGGUUAUUGGUGACAAGUGGUCAGCUUAUAGGGAUGAUGAUAAGGAGAAAGCAAGGUUUGUAAAAGAAAAGUUGCUUGAUGAUGUGUGGUGGGACCAAGUCAGAUACAUUGUUGAUUUCACUGAGCCCAUUUAUUCAAUGCUACGUGGCGCCGACACUGACAAGCCAUCCCUCCAUUUGAUUUAUGAGAUGUGGGACACCAUGAUAGAGAAGGUGAAAGAUUGCAUUUAUCGCCAUGAGGGAAAGAGGCAUGAUGAAGAAUCUGUUUUUUAUGAAAUUGUUCAUGGCAUUUUAGUAGCUCGAUGGGCAAAAAGCAACACCCCUCUUCAUUGUUUGGCACAUUCUCUGAAUCCAAGGUACUAUACUCCAAAUUGGCUUUCUGAAGCUGAAGGUCGUGUGGCGCCCCAUGAUGAUGUUGAAAUUUCUGACAUGAGGAACAAAUGCUUUAGAAAGUUAUUUCCCAUUCCGGAGGACCUUAUAAAAAUUAAGCAGCAGUUUGCUAAAUUCUCUCUAUUUGGAAGUGGCUUUGAUAGCCCUGAUUCAAUUGACGACAGAAACAAUCUUGACCCUAAGGAAUGGUGGGGCAUUCAUGGUCAAAGGACCUCAGAGUUGAAACUUUUAGCUUUCAAGUUGCUUGGGCAGCCAUCAUCUUCUUCUGCAUGUGAAAGGAAUUGGAGUACCUAUGGUUUCAUCCAUAGCAUAAAGAGAAAUAGGCUCACUCCUAUGCGUGCCGAGGAUUUAGUGUUUAUCCACAGCAACAUGCGUCUUCUUUCAAGAAACUCUGAUGAAUAUUUGAAGGGCCGAAGUCGCAUGUGGGAUGUUGGAGGAGAUGCCUUUGAUUCCUUUGAUGGUGCUGGCAUUCUUGAACUAGCUGAUCUCUCACUAGAUGAACCAGAAUUUGAGGUCAUGCUUUUUGAAGAUGGAGAAUUCUGAUACAGAGCCAUCUCAAUUAUUUGGCCUUGUGCCUUGUAUCCUGUAUGAUGUAGUGCAAUAUUUAAACUUGUAGUCUAGUAGUAAACUAGUAGUAUACUAGUAUUAUCUAUUUGAAUCUGAACUCGAUUUGUUGGUAUGAGGAAUCAUUCAUAUCAUUCUCUAUAAUUGCUGCAUUCUUAGUUUUAAUUUAUAUAUAUCGGCGUAUCGGCGUAUCCUUAUUUUUUGAAACUCCCGUAUCCCCGUAUC